CGGCCAACUUUCAGCCAUUAUUACUCCGCGAUGGUGGCUGCGGGUGGCUUCACGUAAAGAAAACGCUGAGCCACGCUGACAAACUCUGGACCCACGGAGCUCACCUAUGCGCUCAGGUGUCACAGGUGUUUGUUUCCUCUAGCCUUCACGUGCGGACGUAGCUGCUCCGAUUGACUUUGGUGUAGUAUUUGGACGUCCCUUGUGGUCCUCAAAUGACGGCGCAGGUAGACUACCUGGUGGUGCUGUGCGCCGCCACAUCUGGCGCCGGUGGAGAGCUGCUGGGGUCCGACGAGAAGGAAUUAGUGCGGCUGGUGUGGCAGCAGGUGGAUGUAAAUAACAAAAAGUUGGGCAAGGUGAACGAGCUGCUGAUUAAGCCUGAAGUGUCAGACUCCAUCGAGGCAAAAGAACCGGAGGAUGUGGUGACGGAGAUUGUCGAAGAAGAAGAAAAUGGAUCCGGAGCAGAUUGUGUCUUUAACGCAAACAGCCUUGAAACUGCUUUAAAUAUGUUCCAUCUCCAGCUGACAAAUGAAGUGAACAGCGCAGGUGCAGGCACGUCAGUGUGUUUAUGUACAGACGGGCAGCUCCAUAUCCGUCAAGUUGUUCACCCCGAGGCCGCCAGCAAGAACAUCCUGAUCCCAGAAUGCUUCUACUCCUUCUUUGACCUUCAGAAAGAGUUCAAGACGCACUUCCCCUCAUCUAACCUUAAGGCUUUGGAUGUAUACACCAUGGCAGAGUCUUUAAGUAUACCAGCAGAAGUGGGCACAAGGGAUCCAUCAGACACUUUGCCUCCAGAAGUAGCAGUGCAACAGGUCCAGAUUAUGGCCAACAUUGUACUUACCCUGCUUUCUGAGCCAUUAUGUCACACAUUCUCAAACCCGGAAAGAGUUAAUGAGAAGUUUGAGACUGGUACUUGCAGUAAAAUGGAGAAAGUAAACGACAACACGGUAAUCAGAGCCAGAGGGUUGCCUUGGCAGUCAUCAGACCAGGACAUCGCCCGCUUCUUCAGCGGACUAAAUAUUGCCAAAGGAGGGGCUGCGUUGUGCCUUAACGCUCAGGGGAGGAGGAAUGGUGAGGCUCUUGUUCGUUUCAUCAGUGAAGAACAUCGAGACCUGGCACUGCUAAGACAUAAGCAUCAUAUGGGCAACAGAUACAUAGAGGUUUACAAGGCAACAGGAGAGGACUUCCUGAAGAUAGCAGGAGGUACGUCCAACGAAGUAGCCAUGUUCCUGUCCCGGGAGGACCAGAUCAUAGUGAGGAUGCGAGGGCUUCCUUUCACGGCCACGCUCGAGCAGGUGCUCGCCUUCUUCUCGCCAGCGGACGCACUCAACGACACAUGUCCGGUCAGCGGAGGGAAGGAAGGGAUCCUAUUCGUACGCUACCCAGACGGUCGUCCCACUGGCGACGCCUUCGUCUUGUUUGCCUGUGAUGAACAUGCCCAGUGUGCACUCAGGAAACACAAGGAGAUCCUGGGGAGAAGAUAUAUAGAGCUAUUUAAGAGUACAGCAGCAGAGGUCCAACAGGUGUUGAACCGGUACUCGUCUGCCCCUCUAAUUCCUGUGGCCCCUGCCCCCUUGCUGUCAGUGCUGCCCACUGUGUCUCUUCUGCCCCCUCCUGUCAGCGUGAGGGACUGCCUGAGGCUACGGGGGUUGCCCUACACAGCGAGCAUAGAGGACAUCCUCACCUUCCUGGGAGAGUUCACCCAGGACAUUAGACCGCAAGGCGUGCACAUGGUCCUCAAUCAGCAGAGUGUGUGUUGUCAGGGUCGUCCAUCAGGCGACUGCUUUAUCCAGAUGACAUCCGCAGAAAGAGCACUUUCCGCCUCUCAGCAGCUCCACAAGCACGUCAUGUCCUGCCAGCGCGGGCCCAACAGCCGCUACGUGGAGGUGUUCCCCUGCAGCGCUGAAGAGAUGGGCCUUGUGCUGAUGGGAGGCUCGCUCUCACACACGCAUGCACUCACACACACCCGGAACAGGAGUGGGACAGGGCUCAGCCCGCCGCCAUGUAAGUCCAGACGUCUAUCUCCACCGUCCUACUCCUUCACCCCCACUCCAACUAUCCUGCCGACGGACGCUGCUGCAGCCCUCUACCCCCCCCUCGGUCAGGUGUUGCUAGCUCCUCGCCCGCUACACCCGGGGCAUGCCUACUACCCCUCAUCAGCACAGCUUUACAUGAACUACACAGCCUAUUAUCCCAGCCCACCUGGUUCUCCCACUACUGUAGGUUUCUUCCCCUCCCCCUCUGCCCUCUCCAUGCCUGGGGGGUUGGUGCGCAUGCCGGGUCUGACCUACAACAGCAAAGACCUGAUUAAUGCAAUGCAGGGAUAUCAGACUCCCGUGGAGCCGCUUUCCCUCCUCAGCAGCAGCCUGAUGGGCCAAUCGGGCGGAGGCGACCCACCUGUGGUGUCCCUCCCCAGCCUGGUGAGCAAGCCUGCGGCACAGUACCUGGACCUGAGCCUGCUCUGAAGAGGCACACCUGGUCCAAAUCAUGUGUAUUGUUAGCUUUUUAAACGUGCUCUUAUUUAUAUCUUCAACAACAGCCACUGUUACUUGUAUAUUUUAUACCAAUAUGGCCUCCGCCAAAAAAAGCAGUUUGUCUUUUAUUGCACAAUGUGUUUCUUAAAAGCUUUAUUGAGAUGUCUUACAUGAUUAUUAUUAUUAUUAUUAUUAUUAUUAUUAUAAGCGUGACUAUUAUAUAUUUAUAGCCAAAGUAGUAAAGAAUGUCUUUGUAGUAAGAGAGAGAAAUGUUUCAAGCUUCUCCAUGAAGAGAGAAAGUGUGUGUGUGUGUGUGUGUGUGUGUGUGUGUGUGUGUGUGUGUGUGUGUGCAUGUUUUACAUGGGACUAUUGGGGCCACAGUGAAAAGAAAAUAAUCUACUUGUGUAUAAAAAUCUAAAAAAGUUGUAAUAGUACAAGGAAAAGUGGUAAUUUCCACAAGUACAUGUCAUGUCUUUUCCCCUCCUAAUAUCAUGGAUUUAUCUUGGGAAUGUCAUAUUCCGACUUGAUUCACAGGAAAUUAGAACUUUCUUAUCACGACGUCGCAACAAUUCAUGUUCAAAUAGAAUGUGUUUUUUGUAAUGUUAUGACUAUUUUUAUAAAAAUAACAGGGUUUUUCCUGUCAUGUCACGGCUUUGCUUUUCACAUGACAGCGUUUUGCUCGUAAGAUUUUUUUAUUUUUUAUUUUUUUUUUACAUACAAUUUGAUGUACUUAAAAUGUUAUGUUUUUGUCCACUACAUCUUUAUUCUCUGAAAAGGAACAUUUUUGUCUUCAUGUGCUACCAAGUGUUACCACUUUUAUCCACGUAAAACAGCACCUUUUUUUUCUUAUAAUAUCGAUCUUUACUCAUGUAAAUAUGACAACCUUAUUUUUAAUUCUACAGCUGUUUUCUUGAAAAUGACAAUUUUAUUCACUUAAAAUUAUUUUUUCCCCCAAAUAUUGUUUUAAUUUAAUUUUUUUUCCAUGGACUAUUAAAAUUGUAUUCUCUUUAAAUUACAACGUUUUUUCUCGUAAUAUUGCAGCAAUUUUUGUCAACAUUUUUCUUGUAAUAUUACAGUUUUAUUCACUUAAUGUUCCAAUUUUUGUUUUUAAAAUUAGAACAUUUUUUCUGUCAUCUUAAAACGUUAUUGUCUCUAUCAUUUUUUUUCUAAAAUAUGACGACAAUUCUUGUAAAUUUAGAACAUUUCCUCACAUGACAAGUUUAUUCUUUUAAGAUGACAACUAUUUUUCUUGUAAUAUUUCAUUUCUAUUCACUUAGAACAGCUUUUUUCCCAGAAUAUGCCAACUUUGUUUUUGGGGAAUUAGAAUUUAAAAAAAAAAAAAUUAUUCUCUCUCUUUUUCCCCCCCUUGUAAUAUUACGCCCGUUCUUGUCAAAUUACAACUUUUUCUCAUAGUAUUACAACUUUAUUCUCAAAUGUUUUUGUAAAGUUUUUCUUGUAAUACAACAAUUUAAUUUUUAAAAAAUGUGUUUCUUGUUUCUAGCUUUAUAUUUCAACUUUCUAUAUUUAAAUGACAAGUUUUUCUGUAAUAACAGCUUCUCUCUGUUUUCCCUCCUUUGUGCUAUUACGCCAAUUCUUGUCAAAUUAGAACUUUUCUCUCCAAAUAUUAAAACGUUAUUCUCUUAAAUCGACCCUCGUAUUAUUACCAUUUUAUCUACGUUCAAAAAAACAUAGUCCCUUUAGAUUCUAAAAAAUAAAUGUUCUUAAACAUCCAGUAGUAAUCCCACAAAAUGACAUUUUGUUCCUCCUAAUAUGAGGAUUUGGAUGACCACCUUACAUCCCAUAAUACAACUUAUUUCUGGCAAAAUGACCACUUUGUUCUCAUAAUAAUGUUUCAAUCCAUUGUCAUUAUAAUCAUAUUUCAGCUUUAUUGCGGUCGCAUCAUUAUGCUUUGAUCUUUUUAGUGUGGCCCUCGUACUUCUCUGUAUUGAUUUGAACGGCCAAUGUGUUUGAUGUGUUUUCUCCACGUGCAUGAUUGUAUUGGACGCUUUAGUGCAUGAAGAAGUUUAGUAUACUUGUAGUACAAAUGUUUACAUAAAGCCAAAUACCAAUGCACUGCUAAUCAAUGAAUAUACAGUAUAGUUUGUUACAAAUGUGUAUCUUUUUGGUCAGUUUUUUCCCCCCACGUUGACGCCGAUGCUGCGUGAGGCCAUCAAGCAAAGUGGUCCCUCUUGUAAGCAACAUCAAACCCCUGCUGAAAACUGACUCAAUAAACCCAU